AAAAUCCCCUGAAAUAAGUAACGGCGUACAAUACUACCUGCAAAAAUUGACCUGAUGAAAAUGUUAGCGGCGAAUCAAAAUUAUAUUUUGCGCGGUCGAUCGCCCGUUACGACGAACAUACGUUACACGUAUAUCACGGAGUGGGUGCCUCGUGUCCUCGGCAAACGAACGAAGGGUCCCGGGAUACUACGCAAGGGCGUUCAAUUUAGUCGAAAUCUCGCGCAAAACUUUCCUCGGAUGUUAAAGCUGAUAGCUAUGUAGCCGGGACGGGGUUACGCCGGUUGUAAAAUGUCGCGGUUUAAGGGUUGCAACGUCGGUCCUACGUCAACGAAAUGACUCGAUGUAUCGCCUCGCGAGGCGUGACGGACCACCUUGAUUACCGAAAGACCCUUUAACGGAAGAGGGAAAAGGCGAACCUGCGAAGAGGCACCGAUCAAGGACAAAGGGAGAUACGGCGGAGAGGAGCGAGUCGGACGGAGGGUUCGAACGAGAGGGAGAUAAAGAGGAAGAGGAGAGAAAAGAACGGAGGGGAAGUUUUAUCACCCCCGCGCGGUAGACACUCGAAGGUAUCGCCGAAAAGUGCAAGACCAUGCUCCCCGGAAGCGGGACAUAAGUGUGCACUGAUUACAGCUGGGGACCGACUGCCUCCGCUGCCGUAGGAUUGCGCAAAAGUGUUGACACUCAAUUUGCACGAGUAGCGGGAGAUUCCGGCAGUAAAUAUACCGGCGAAGUGAUUAGCGCGAUACGAUCAGACAGUCGCUAGUUUCGAGUGGGUAAUUGAAAUGACCUACUUAGCCGUCGUACACGUUUUCCCGGGGGACGUAGAACGGAGCUUUGAGUGUUUUAGGUGCCCCGACAACUUUUCGAAGCAACUGCCAGAAGCGUGGCGAUGGGGUUGCGGAAGCUCCGCGGACUACCUAUGCUGACCACGUGCAAUCAUCGAGUUCCGCUGUUACGGAAGGGCGAAAUCGAUGCCUCUUCCAAAAGUUUCACGGCGUAUUUCUCCAUUAGGACCGAGAAGUUCGGGGGCCAACUUCCAACUAGUUUCUGAAAAUAAUUUAUUCAAUCCAUAACAGGGUGAUGAAAUGGUACGUUUCCGACUCACGUCUUCCCAACGUCCGCUAACGUCAGUCAGUCUUUUUCACUUUUGCCAUUUUUCCGGAGGCUUGUACAAACACCCUACAUGCACGUGUCUCCGACGCUCUUCUCUUCUCCCAAAAGGUACCUCUCAGCAGGACCCCCCCAACCCAACUUGGCCACUCCACUGCUGUCGGCGUACACGCCGCUCAGAAGCUCACGCUACGGAAAGUUAACUUCGUCGAGCCUCGAGAAAUCCAAAGAUCAUUGAGAGAAAUAAAAAUGUCGACAGAACAGAGGGAGGUGCGUUGGAAUUUUUUACAAAGGACCUUCCGCAGAAACGAUCAGAAGCAUGGCAUGGACAAAGUUCCAUGGCGUUUAAUUUCCAGUCGGUAGACAUCCAACUCGGUUCGAUUAGCUGCGAUCCUUUCAAUCGGUUGAGACGGAGACCCCGUUCAGAUUUGAGGAUCAACGCGCGCGAGGGGUUGCAGAAGGAAGGGAAACAGCGACGCCCCGUCGUCAACAGCUGUCCGAUAACCGAGCAUCAGUGCGCGUCGUGGCGCGGCCACGUGCUUUUCGCAAGCUCGGAGGAUCCGAGAGAGAAAAAACGCAGCUACCUUUCGAUCCUCGACAGUCGACUCCGCUGCUGUCCGCGGGGAUUAUUUAUAUUUCGAAUGAGUCACGCGAUAAUUAGCGACAUUCGGUGAAAUAUAAUCCAUUGACGCGCGUGAUUAAAAUUUCAUCGUCCUCGAAUCAGAUCGUCGAUCAUGUGAGUGGAUUGGAUGAAGGAAUACGAGUGGAUCGGAAAGAGCUGGUUGCCCGACGAAGAAAUGGCAGACUCGGAAAGGUGACUGGAUCGGAGUGAAAAUCAUGAGGAAACUUGUUCUCCUCGCAAUCGCCAAUCUCAUAACGUCCUACGCCUCCUUUCUAGCCGUGGCGGGAUCCAGACACCCCGUCGGUCAGCGAACGCAGAGCAACGAUCAUGGAAACAUUUCCGAACUAUUAGACAAUCUCCUCCGAGGUUACGACAACAGCGUACGUCCGGAUUUCGGAGGGCCACCUGCUACCGUGGAGGUUGACAUUAUGGUUCGCAGUAUGGGGCCGAUAUCCGAGGUGGACAUGACCUACUCGAUGGAUUGCUAUUUCCGGCAAUCCUGGGUCGACAGACGGCUCGCUUUUAAAGGUGGUAAGGAAACCUUGGCACUGAGCAUAUCGAUGCUAGCUAGGAUCUGGAAGCCAGAUACGUACUUCUACAACGGGAAACAGAGUUAUCUUCACACCAUCACGAGUCCGAAUAAAUUUGUCAGACUCUAUAAAGACGGGAGGGUGCUCUACAGUUCACGACUAACGAUAAAGGCAGGCUGUCCGAUGAAUCUCGAAGACUUCCCGAUGGACACGCAAAGAUGCCCUUUGAGAUUCGGGAGUUUUGGGUACACCAGCCAGGACGUCAUAUACAAAUGGAACAACGCCAGGCAAGUCGCUAUCGCCGAGGAUAUGAAAUUGUCGCAGUUCGAUCUGGUCGCUAAUCCAACGGCCAAUCAUUCCACGGCGCCUUCGCUGUCCCACAGGGAAUAUUCAAUGCUGUUGGUCUCGUUCCACCUGCAAAGACACAUGGGAAAUUUUCUGAUACAAGUUUACGGCCCCUGCGUUCUUCUAGUGGUUCUAUCUUGGGUUUCGUUUUGGUUGAAUCGCGAGGCAACGGCCGACAGAGUUUCCUUAGGCAUAACAACGGUCUUGACGAUGACCUUUUUGGGCCUUGAAGCCAGAACGGAUCUUCCAAAAGUCCCUUACCCAACGGCGCUGGAUUUCUUCGUGUUUCUGUCAUUUGCAUUCAUUUUUGCGACGAUCAUCCAAUUUGCCGUAGUUCAUUACUUCACCAAGUAUGGUUCGGGCGAAUGUUACUUCAGUUCGGACUUCAGCGAUAUGGACAGUGACUCGGACAGCGAUAAGGACGAGUGGAAAAGGACCAGUCAACGACACGCGGAGCGGAGGAAGUCAUCGAAUAUUUCGAAUUCGCGGAACCGCGGAAACAGGGGGUGCCCCGUGAAUGGAGAGAGGGUAAUAGAGGUGAUACCUCUGUCCGAAAUUCCACUUCCGGAGACCAGACAUCGGUCAAGUGGACAGUGGCAGCUGACUUGCAUAACUUGCAGUCCCCCACCCCCGUUGCCGACACCCCCGAGAAGGAUAUCGACGCGGAAACGGCGAAAAAGAGCGCCCAGAUAUAAUUCGGUUUCGAAAAUAGAUCGAGCUAGUAGGGUGGUAUUUCCCCUGUUGUUUUUAGCAAUCAACGUUUUUUACUGGUGCGCAUAUCUAUCCAGAAGCGAACGAAUUACUUAUUACAACGCCAAUUCACCCGCGUGAAUAAAUCUUGGUGAUUAUAAGGAUAGAUAGUUACAUGAACUUUUGGAACUAGUGUGAGCGCAUCGGGUUUUAUACGUACAGGGUUCGGUCUGCUCUAGGCUGUUGUAUUUUGACGUUAUUUUCUAACCCGGGAAAAUCAACUUUCGGUGAUGAAUUCAUUGUCUUUAUAAGCCCGACUAAUUUUCACGACGAUGUGUAAUCACUCGCACAUCAUAUCGUUCGAUUUAAUUUUGGGCUCCACUGAUCACGAGACUGUUAGUAUUUGAGAUAUUUCCAUACAACUUUUGCCAUCAAACGUCCACUUUUCAUCUUCAAUAAAUACUGAAGCGUGAAUUUGUGAUUACCAAGUAUGUUUUAACUGAUUGAAAAUGCCUAUUUUGUUAUGAAUCAGAAUAAGAUUCACUUCGUCCGUAAAAGUGUUACUCAUUUGUUAUAAAAACACAGACUUCAGUCUAGGAAUAACUUCGCAACUUGCACGAUAUAACAUGUUGAUUUGUAACUUACAUCGAUAAUUACCAAUAAAUACCCAUCAAAAGAAUAAAAAUUAUUCGAUCACUGAUCA